GGAGCAGUAUUAGGGGAUUCCCGAGCCGGGGCUCUCGAGAUCCGGCGGGUCUUGCUUUUUAGCCUUGCCAAGACCGUGCAUGGUAGGGCUUGUCCCCGGCGUCAAAGGCAGAAACAACUGAGCCCCAGGACUUCUGUUUUACAUUGAGAGCUCAGGAGUGGGCGGUUCAUUUUCCCUGCAUCUGGGGAGCCCGCAAGGCUAUGCAGGCUGUGACCUUUGACAUCUGUGCAACCCGAUACAGGAAGCGUGAAUAGAAGAGACUGACCGUUCAUGAUGAUUCACAGAAAUGACAGCUCAGAUAUCCUGACAUUCCACAUGAAAAACGGGAUGAGAAAUUCCAGGUAUAAGCCAGCAGACUACCAACAGUUACGUGCCUUAGCCAACGCCAGGAAGUUAGCGUCUGCUUCCACAGAGCUGAAGAUCAGAAAAACUAUGGAGACUUCAAAGGCGGCUAAAGAGCAAAUGCUGAUCAAGCAGCACAAGAAGGUGUGGCGUCAGGAGCAGGAGCGGCUGAAGGGAGUCAGAUGUAAAUUGGAGUCUGAAAUAAAAUCUUGUCUCAAUGAGGAGAGCAUUGGAAACGAAUGUUUUUGUGAGCUUAUGAAUUUUGAAAAAGAGCUGUCAGAACAAUGGUACACAUAUCUUAAAGCUGUGAUUGACCCUAUUCACCAAAUGAGAACAGGCCUGAAGAGACAGUACCAUACUUCCCAGUAUGCACCCUACAGUAAGGGAUCUAACUCACCAUCGGUUCUGGAAGAGGUUGACUUGGUCAAGAAACAAUCCAAGGCUGCCUUUGAGAGGCUUAAUCAGGAGCAAUGGAACACAGAAAAAGACCUUUCAGACUGGAGUGCGAAGUUACUAGAUUAUUCUUCAGAAGAAAAGGCCAACCUGCUCAGCGAACAGCCCAUGGAGUUAGAAACUUUGGAGUGCCCAUACCCUGACCUGAAAUCGUCAAUCCUUAAUGAGUUCUAUGACUUUACAGAGGAAUAUCAAGAGAAACUUGGAUCUUUUGAUCUGCAAUUGGAAGACAUACGCAGGAACUUCCAACUAAGUAAAGAAGAACAGUGGAUCUACCAGGCCGUUUUAGAUCAGUACCCUGGAAAUCUCCCUGGCAGAAGGACUCUGUACUUGGACAUGCUGCAAAGAUAUUUUCCGUACAAAUCUAGGCAUCAUUUGGUAGAACACGAGAAACACUAUGACCAGUAUCGCUUUGCUAGAGAGCAGAGAAGAAUCCUGAUGGACAGCUGGGCUAGGAACAGGAGAGACUUUAUCCAGAAAGCCAUGCUGACCCUCGUCGAGGCCUGUGCAGCUCAUGAAAUGGAGAGCAUGUUGGCCAAGGACAGGAAACGGCAGCAGGAGCUGUGUGCUGACCUGAAAGCCAAGGUUUCUGAAUGGCGAGCCCAGCAGGAAGAGUUAGCAAGACUGGAAAUGGAGAUUUCAGCCAGAAGAAGAGAAAGGCAAGAGGAGAAAGCGAAACUAUGGAAGGAGAAAGAACUGCUGCAAAGGGAGGAGACAAAGACAAAGAUAAGAAAAUACUGGGCGAAGAAACAACAGACGUGGCAAGAAAUGGAAGGGAGAGAUUUACUGCGCCUGGAAGAACUGAAGAAAUUAAUGGCUGAGCAGUCAGUGAAAGACAGAGAAAGGGUUAAAUAUAGACAAGAAUUAUUGGAGAAGCGUUUGCUGGAGAGAAAAAAACUGGCCCUUCAAGAAGUUCAGGAAGAAGAAGAGAGAGAGAGGCGCCUGGAAACCCUUCGAAAGCAGGUUGCUGUUGUUGUUCAGUCUGAUCCAGUUAGGAUGAUGUCAGACACACUGGCCUGGAGAGCCAGGACAGACGCUGAAAGUGAAGAUGAAUUCAUUCUUCAAAAGCCACUCUUCUCACUGACUACAUACAAUGAGCAGCAGAUAACUUCUGAUCCUAGACUUCGAUUUGAGUUAGCGCUUCGAGAAGCUGGACUCCAUAAAACACUGUAUGCCAAAGAGAUGCUACCAAAAAUUGGUCCUCACAAGCCUCCAAGGAAGGACACAGAAUCAACUGUGUUCAAGAACUAGAGGGCACAUGAAACCAUUAUAUGAAUAUGGAUAAUGAUCAUUACCACUUCUAAAUGUUUAAAAAGUACCAGAUGUAGAAAUCAUAGCAUUUAUUAAACAAC